AUGCCAAUAGACGUAUCAUUGACACAAGACGACUAUUUCAAGCGUUGGAAGUACCCUAACUACAACUUCACCAUGGCCACCUUCUGGACACCACACCUAGUCAAGUCCAAAGAAGCCGACUCCGGCGGUCCAACCAACUCCGGCAUCUACAACCUCUACCUCGACGAGCCUGACGACAAGUGGGCCACCCAAAUCGCCGACUUUGAUUACAUCAUUCUUAACGGCGGCCACUGGUUCAUGAGGUCCAUGGUCUUCUACGAGAAGCAAACCGUCGUCGGUUGCCACUACUGCCUCCUCCCCAACGUCCCUGACCUAACCAUGUACUACGGUUACCGGAAAGCUUUCCGGACGGCGUUCAAAACCAUCUUAAAUACGGAAAACUUCAAAGGCAUUACUUUUCUGAGAACUUUUGCACCUUCACACUUUGAAAAUGGACUGUGGAAUGAAGGUGACUGUGUGAGGAGGACGAAGCCAUUUAAGAGCAAUGAGGUACAGUUACAAGGUAUAGACUUGGAGUUUUAUAUGAUACAAAUGGAGGAGUAUAAGAUCGCCAUGAAAGAAGCUAGAAAGAAGGGUUUGAAUAUUAGGGUUUUUGAUACGACACAAGCGAUGUUGAUGAGACCUGAUGGUCAUCCAAGUAGGUAUGGGCAUAAGGCUGAAGAGAAUGUGACUUUGUAUAAUGAUUGUGUUCAUUGGUGCUGCCUGGGCCCUGACACGUGGAGUGAUAUCCUGCUUGAGAUGUUGAAGAUGGAGGGUGUUAGAUCUGCUCAAGAGAGGCUUCAUCCUAACACAAAUGAGCUAUAUAUAGAUUUUUAA